CAGACAAGCAUCCUCAGCAGCACAAUGCGAUUCCUCAACUCCCUGACGCCAGCCCUCGCGCUGUUUGCGGCCGGUGCCGCGCAGGCCACCUCAUCAUGGGGAUUCGACAGUGCCACCGUCUCAAUUACUGGCAAGGGCAAGGAUGCCACCAAGGAGAAGUUGAGCGCGACCUCUCCCCUCAAGACUGCCCUCUCUCUGGGAGCCAAGGAUACUCUCAAGGUCAUCUUGACGGCCAAGGAGGGCGACAAGGCCAAGCGCCCGCACCAGGCCUUCCUGAUCCUCAAGGAGACCGAGUCUGGCCUUGAGGCCCCCUUCCCCCUUGAGCUCAAGGACACCGGCCGCGGCGUCGUCGACAUUGCCCAGAAGGACCUGCCCGUCCAGCUCCUCCUCGCCAACGAGCCCCUCAAGGCCAGCAUCGUCAUCGGCUCCUUCGGCGCCGCCAAGGCCCUCGAAACCACCCUUUUCGACGUCUCCGUGACCCGCGACGCAAGCGCCGCCGCCCCGACCUACGACGCUCCCCUCCGCUACGGCAAGCAGCCCGAGAUCAGCCACAUCUUCCGCGAGGACCCCCGCAGCCCUCCCAAGAUCAUCUCGCUGGCCUUUGUCAUUGCCGUUCUGGCCACGAUUCCCGUUCUCCUCAUUGGCUGGCUCACUCUCGGUGCCAACGUCAACCACAUCCAAAAGGCCCUCGGCGCUGCGCCUCUCUCCCACGUCGCCUUCUUCGGAUCCAUCGUCGCCAUGGAGGGCGUCUUCUUCAUGUACUACAGCGCCUGGACCCUCUUCCAGACCCUGCCUGCCGUCGCCAUCGUCGCGACCUCCAUCUUCCUGAGCGGCACCAAGGCCCUCGGCGAGGUCCAGAGCCGUCGUCUCUCCGGUCAGCGGUAAAUGUUGUCUCGUAGGAGUACUGCAUUUUCUCAAAGAACAGAGCAUGACCAUCCGCAGAAGUGUGGGUGAGAGGCAAGCCAACGGGCAAACGUCAUGAGGCUGCUUGCCAGGUCAUGCAAUGCCAUGCCAGGGUAAAGGUUCUAGGUCUUGGCACAAAAGUUAAGGGGGCUAAGAUGGGGUAUGGAGGAAAGUGAAAGCCCCAAUUGUACAUCAGCAUUCGUCACGACAGCAUCUGAGCAUCUGUGAAUUAGACAAAGACCAAGAGUCAAAUAAAAAGGGUGAUUUCGAAUCAGAAAA